UAACAGAACAGACAAAUGCAGUCCGCCAGCCCCGUUUCCACAGCAACCAUGGACUGCGGACUGCGUCUGCCUCCGGUCAUCGAGGAGGUCAUGGACCCUGUGGAUGACCUGUGUGAACUGAAGGCGGAGCGCCCCUGUGUGGAGCUGACGGCCAAAGAGAGGGAGUCAUCGCAGGAGAACGACAAAAAGAAGGAGAAGGAGGUGGAGGUGGGGAAUGGAGAGAAGGGGCAAAAGGAGGAGAAGGAGGGUGAGAUGGUGAAGGAGGGAGUGGCGGUGGAGAGAGAGGAGGAGAGAGAGGAGGAGAGAGAGGAGGAGAGCGGGAUGACGGAGGAAGAGGAGCUGGAGGAGUUGAGGGCUCAGGUGCUUCAGCUACUGCAGGAGCUGGAGGACACAAGAGAGAUCUCCCAACGCCAUGAGGACAGCUUCAUGGAGCUACAGGGCCUCCUGGAGGAUGAGCGUUUGACCAGCGCCCACCAAGCUGAGACCUUCACCAGACAGAUCCAGAGACUGCAAGGUCAGCUGCGUUCCGUGCAGGAGGAGAUGGACAGCCUCGAGGAGGAGAAGGAGAGCGAGCUCCUGGAGGCGCAGGAGGAGCUGCGCGUGGCCCAGGAGGAGGUGCUGGUGCUCCAGACGGCUGCGGAGGAGGCGGCGGCGGAGAGGGAGAACGACAUCGCCUCCCUCCAGGAGGAGCUGUGCCGCCUGCGAGCCCAGCUGAGCCGCCUGCAGGUCACCACGCAGGAGUACGAGCUGGAGAUCACCACGCUCCGCGCCGAGAUCGCCAUGAAGAGUCACCACGGAACGCCCAGCCCAGAGAGAGCACACGGACAUGGUGAGGUUGACCAGCUGAAGGAUGAGUGCCGCACGCUCACAGAGGAGUGCCAGGCUCUGAAGGAUGACAACAGAAAGCUGACCGAGAAGCUCCACAUCCUGCAUCAGAAAACCAGCUCAUCUGACCUCUACCUGUCUCUGCGGGCCUCAGACGAGGCAAGCCAGAGGGCGGAUGACAGCGAGGUGCCCCUGGAGGCCUGUAAGGCCAUCGGCUACAUGACCAUGGCGCUGCCCGGGCAGAGGGCCCACGGGGUGGAGGCGGGCAUCCAGAAGGAUGUUUCGUUCGAGGGGCGCACGGUGACCCCCGGUAGCUGGCAUGGGGGCGUGGACGAGGUGCGAUCCCUCAGAGAUCAGCUGCAGCAGGCAGAGGAGAAAGCCACACAGGUGCAGAGACAGUGUGAAAGUCUGAAGGAGGAGUUCCAGGACCUUCAGGGCCUCUACGAGACCAGCCAGAAGGAGAGGGCGGAGCUGGAGGCGGAGCUUAAGCUCUGUAGGGCGGAGCUAGAGCGCUUGGCUGGGAGGAAGGCCCAGGAUAGUGAGGGUGAAUGGAAUCUGGUGAUGGUGGUUGCCGUGGCUGCAGUAGCGGUUCUGAUUGUCCCUAGCUUGGCCAGAAUGCUGUCCUGAGCGUGAUUCUGGGCAUCACAGGAAGUGACAUCACUCCUUCACCUUCAUUCUCCUUUUAAUCACUUCCUGCCAUUCAACCCCGCCCGCACUCCUCUCAACCUCCUUCACCUGGAACCAGAGACAAGGCAACCAGGGCACCAACGGCAAUAUCCAGACCAUUAGAGAAGGAUCCUUUUUCAGUCACAGCUGUAUAAUAGGAGCUGUUGGACCAGAGCUUUACCUCUUUGCCUCGCUAUCUCCCUCUCUCUAACUCCCUCUCUCUCUCUCUGUUUCUUUCUCCCACUCUCUCUCUAUCUCUGUCUCUCCCUUUCUCACUAGAUCUCUCUUU